GCGUGAAGCAGAGGAUUAGAAAGAUGCGUGAUAAGGAAAAGAAACGUGUGGAAGGAAGAUCAAUGGAGGGACAGGUGGAGACACACCAUAAGGCAGGUGAGUACGACUACAAUUUACAAACAGUUGGUGUCUCUCUCCCUUUUCCUUUCUUUCCUUUCUUUCCCCACUCACAAUUCACAAUAGAUGCGUGCGCCAUCAACAAAACUUACAAUUUCCUCACACGUGUCACUUUCUCGUCUCUCCUUUCACCUCCUUUUAUCACCUCUUCUCUUCUUUUUCUUCCCCCGUUCCCUCUCUCAAUUACGACACCGUUGAGCUAUGGAGGAGGACGACCUACUCCAACGACUCGACUUGGAGUUCGCGUCCACCACUUCUGACUCCGUCAUUUCCUCCACACUCAGAACCGAGGAUUUCCGGAACCUCAACAGCUCCGGCGACAUUUCCUCCAUCAGUAGUGGCUCUGGCGAGAUUCCUCCUGCUGCGGUCACCGAGGCUGUACUCUCUCCGCCUCCGCUGCACCGCGCGGGACUCGGUGAUUGCGAGACUCCGGCGGUAAGGGAGAAGUGCAUCGGAAGGAGUAACAAGGGAGUGAGUUGGGGACACACUUCAGUGAUUGGAAGAAGGAAAGAGAUGGAGGACGCCGUGGCAGUUAUUCCGGGAUUCAUGUCUCGCACGUGCGAUCACUUCGGCGGUUGUACCGCUCCCGGCUCCAGAUCCUCCGACAAGAUCUCUCCCGUUCAUUUCUUCGGCGUUUACGACGGCCAUGGUGGCUCACAGGUGGCUAAGUUCUGUGCUAAGCGGAUGCACGAUGUUAUAGCAGAGGAGUGGAACCGAGAAAUGGCAGGUGAGGCUGAGUGGCAGAGAAGAUGGGAAACCGUAUUUGCUAACAGUUUUGAGAGGACUGACAAUGAAAUCCUAUCAGACGAAGUUGCACCUGAAAUGGUAGGAUCCACUGCAUCUGUGGUGGUUCUAUCUGGUUGCCAAAUUAUUGCAUCCAACUGCGGCGACUCAAGGGUAGUUCUUUGCCGCAGGACACAAACUAUCCCCUUGUCAGUGGAUCAAAAGCCGGAUAGACAAGAUGAACUCUUGAGAAUUGAAGGAGAAGGAGGAAAAGUCAUAAACUGGAAUGGAGCUAGGGUGUUUGGUGUUCUUGCCAUGUCCAGGGCCAUAGGUGAUCGGUAUUUGAGACCAUGGAUUAUUCCCGUGCCUGAGAUAACUUUUACAGCUAGGACAGACGAGGAUGAGUGCUUAAUUUUGGCAAGCGACGGACUCUGGGAUGUAAUGAGCAAUGAAGAGGUUGGAGAAGUGGCACGCCACAUUCUUAGAAGACGCCGCAGAUCCUUGUCAGUGGAGGAACCGUCUCCUGCACAAGCUGUUGCCGACAGCCUGACUGAAAUUGCAUAUGGUAGAAAUAGUAAAGAUAACAUUUCAAUCAUAGUUGUUGAUCUGAAAUCCAAGAGAAAACGUCAGCAAAGGCCUCCUUUAAUUUCCUAAGAAUCUGAUUCUCUUCAACCUUUUUCAAUCUUGAGAAGGACAAAGACGGUAAUGAAGUUGUAGAGUUGAUCUAUAAACAAACCUUUUUUCUAUUUUUCAUACGACCUCCUUGUACUUGGUAUCACUUCGCCUUGUGUCUUUCUCCUAACCUGCUGUACAGAGUUGAUUGGGAAAAAAGAAUCUGCUUCAUGACGGGUCACAACUAGCAGGGCUGGCUUGUUGUAAUGAAGUAUAUAGAUCAGUGCUAUUUUUCCUUUUCCAUUUGCUCCUGAUUCCUGAACGGUUAUUUGGAUAACAGAAUGAAAAGCCAUCAAUUGUAUUGUUUGAAUUUCUUUUA